AAACUAUCUAAAAAUAUGAAGAAAAGCAAUUUAUGUGAUAAUCGCAAAUGUAAUAAAACAACAAUCUUUUAAAAAUAAAUGGCUCCUGUAAAAUGUUCUAAAUGUAAUGUUGGUACUUAUUGUUGUUAAGCAUGUUUAAAAGAAGAUGAGUAAUAUUAAAAAUAUUUAUAGAGAUCAUAUAUGCAAUUCUGAUCAUUUAGAUCUUGAUAAUACUACCCAAAUUAAUUCUUCGGUUAAUGAAACACUAUUGUAAAUUCAAUAAAAGAAGAGAACUCUUGAAGAUUAUGAAUUUAUAAAUGGAGAUAAAGGAAUGUUAGGAAGAGGGGCAUUUGGAGAAGUUAGAUUAGCAAUAGAUAAUUAAUUGUAAUAAGAAAUGGCCAUUAAAAUUUUAAAUAAGAAAAAAAUGUUAAGGAAUUGUAAUCUCUAACAAUUAAAAAAUGAAAUAAAAUUACAAAGAAGUUUAAAUCAUCCAAACAUUAUAUAAUUAUACCAUGCCUUUGAAGAUAGAGAAAAUAUCUAUUUUGCCUUAGAAUAUGCUUCUAAUGGUUCACUCUACAAAUAUUUGAGAAAACUUAAAGUAAUGCCUGAGCCAGAAGCAUUUGUUUACUUUUUUUAAACUUGUCUAGCAGUUGAUUACCUACAUAAAAAAAAUGUAAUUCAUAGAGAUUUAAAACCAGAAAAUAUUUUAUUGGAUGAAUAAGGAAAUGUUAAAUUGUGUGAUUUUGGAUGGAGUGCUGAAAGUGUUGAAAUGAGAAGUACAUUUUGUGGAACAUUUGAUUAUAUGGCUCCUGAAAUGUUACACAAUAAACCUCAUGAUUAUAGAGUAGAUAUUUGGGCAUUGGGAAUUUUACUUUAUGAAUUAUUACAUGGAAAUGCACCUUUUACUAAAGCACAUUUUUCUAAAGAAAAUAUUUAGAAUCUAACUAUAAAAUUUUCUUCAUCUAUUAGUGCUCAAGCAAAAGAUUUAAUUACAUAAAUACUUUAAUAUGAUCCAAAAAAGAGAAUGAGUAUGAAUUAAAUUUUUGCACAUAAAUGGUUGAAAGAAAAUGCUGAAGAAUUUGGAAUGGAUAUUUCAGAAUAUAUAUAUGUUCCAAAAUCAGAAAGAAUUAAUGAAUCUUCUAUAAAUCAAACUUUUGAAUAACAAAAAUAAUUAAAUGAAUCAAAAAUUAAAUAAACUAAUUAUAAUAGAAAUUCAACAAAAAAGCCAGAUUUUUUGAAUAUAUCUUAAUAACAAUAAUAGUAGAUACAAGAAGUCUAAUAGAUUUAAUAAUCUUAAGAAAAUAAAAGGUUAGGAAAUAGUUCUUUUCAUAGAAUGAAUAAUCAAUCAUAAGUAUCGAAAUUUUCUGAAAACAUGUAAGAUUCAGUAAGAUCUUCUUCUGAUUGUUCAGAUAUUUAGAGUAGAACAUCAAAUAUAAGAUAAUCUUUUGCAAAAGAUUUAUCUAUUAAAGGAUUUAGUCAAACAAAUAAUAGUUUUAAUAAUUCUGAUAAAAAGCAUGUAUUUACAAAUGAUGCAAGCAUUCUAAAUUAAGAAGAUAUUGAAAAACUUUUAAGAUAAUAAUUAAAAUAAGCUGAAACAAAAUCAGAUGAUAUCAAAUUAUCGUUAAAUUCAUUUCAGAACAUUUAAUCAAAUUAAUUGUAAAAUAAGUCUCAAUCAUCUAUUUUGGUAGAUGAUAACAAAAAUUUUAGUUAAUAAUUGUAUUCUAAUUAAACAAAUAAUCUUAAAUAAAGACAUGUCUAAUUUUUAUCACCUAAGUAAAGCAUUAAUGAAACAUCUUAAAAGACUAAAUAGUAGGUUGAGGAAUCUCCAUACUUUAAUUAAUCUUAAUUAAGAGAAUCAAUUGCUGAGGAUGAAAUUAAAGAAAAAUUUAGUUUUGGUAGUCUAUCCAAUUCUAAACAUGAUUAAAAUUAGCAAGAUUCAUUCUAACCAGAAGAGUAAUAAGCAAUAAUUAAAAAAGAAAAAAUUGUGAAAGAAACGAGGUUAUCAAAAUUAUCUGUAAUACAAUCAGAUGAAAGUGAAUGUAAAAGUGAUGGUGAAGAUUAACGAAGUUAUUAACUUUAAUAAAUAAACUAAGCUGUUCGUUCUUAUUCUGCAAAUACUGUAUAGGUUAAAGAUAUCAAAAAUUAAAAAAUCCCUUAAGAAAUUGAAUUAUAAUCUCAAUUAUUGUAUCAAAACAAUGUGCUUCAAGAUACGAAAUCACAAACUUCAAAAACUUCUAAAAAAUCCAAAUUAUCUAAAUAAUCUAAAGUUUCGACUAAUACGAAGGUUAGUUCAGAAUAGAGUAGAGCUCAAUAGUAAUUAAUUAUGUAGAAGAAGAAAUAUACAUAAAAUAUGGUUGAUUAUAGAAAUUUCAAUAUGAAGGAGAUUUCUAAGGAAGAUAGAAAUAGAUAUUAAGAUUAUAAAGAUUCUACUAAAUAAUUAGAAAUACGAUCUCGAGAACUCUAAGACUAUAUUUAUUCUUAAGAUAAUCAAUUUUCUACAAGAAGAAGCUUUAAAUAAAAUAAUACAAAUAAAGAAGAAUUGGGUUUUUUUGGAAAAAUACAAUUAGCUUUUGGUUGUCUGGGACACAGAUGAAAUUGAAUUUGAAUAUUUUAAUU